ACAGUGAGGCAGAGAGGGAGACAGAGAGAAAGAGGUAGAAGAGAGUGAAGAGGAGGAAAACAGGCUGAAUUAAAGAGAUAGGCACUGUGGUGUUUUCUUCCGGUUUUCUAGCAGGGAUAUCCGUUGUCUUCUGUCUCUGUGGUGGAUUGGACUGACGGGGGCUCAGUCUUUGUGUGUGCUGUUUUCUCUUUUUUUCUGGAUGCUGAAGGAUUGAUGGAGAUGGAGGUUCAACAUCCAGCAGCGCCGUGCACCUGGACGCAAGAGCUUCACUGACAGGUCUGCUUGCUGUCACUGUGUGGGUGGGCAGACAGAGGAUCCGUGUCCACAGCUGUGAACGGCUUCUGUCAGGAGAACCAUCUAAGCUAAUCAGGAGAGGUGAGGGGCGAGACCGGCCAAUCAGAGGGAAGAGAUGUUGGGGCAGGGCGGGCAUGCAGCCCUGGCUCUAAUGUCGUUACUGCUGCUGCUGUGGCAGGAAGCAGCACCCAUCGAAGUCCCACAAGAUGCAAAGAUCCUGCAGGACCUAAAACAGCCCCCCACAAUCAUCAGAGAGUCAGCGAAGGAUUACAUUGUGGACCCCAGAGAUAACAUCAUCAUCGAGUGUGAGGCCAAGGGCAACCCGGAUCCAACGUUUUCAUGGCGAAGGAACGGGAAAUUUUUCAACAUUGGGAAAGAUCCCAGGGUGAAUAUGCGGAAACGUUCAGGAACUCUGGAGAUCGGCUUCCGCAGCGGAGGACGGCCAGAGGACUACGAAGGAGAAUACCAGUGCUUUGCCAACAAUGACCUGGGAGUGGCGCUGUCCAACAAAAUCCUGCUCCGGGUCUCCAAGGCUCCUCUGUGGCCUAAGGAGGUGCUGGAGCCGGUGUCGGUGACUGAAGGCUCCCCGCUGGUCCUACCCUAACCCCCACCAGGCCUGCCUCCACCGUUCACCUUCUGGAUGGACAGCAGUAUGAGUCCCAUCCCUCAGGAUAAGAGAGUGUCCAUGGGGCUGAAUGGAGACCUGUACUUCUCCAAUGUUUUAGCCCAAGACGCUCACACAGACUACAGCUGCAACGCUCGCUUCCUCUUCACACACACCAUCCAGCAGAAGAACCCCUUCACACUCAAAGUUCAGACCACGGAGCCGUUUAAUGACACAUCUUACAAUGCCACUGACCCCUACGGUGGCCGUAAAGUAGCAGAGUCCACGCCGAUCUUCCUCUCACCACCAGGGACUGAGAGCUCUAAAAUGGUGCUACGAGAUGAGCAGCUGCUGCUGGAGUGUAUUGCUGCUGGACUUCCAACACCCACCAUCAAGUGGUUUAAGAAGGGUGGGGACCUGCCAGGAAGGAAGGUGAAGUUUGAGAAUUACAACAAAACCCUGAAGAUUAUCAACGUGUCAGAGGAGGAUGCAGGGGAGUAUGUAUGCAUGGCUAACAACCAUUUAGGCAGCAUACGCCACUCCAUCUUCGUUCAGAUCAAAGCGGCUCCUUACUGGCUGGACAAACCGUCAGACCUGGUGCUAGCCCCGGAUGAGAAUGGACGUCUGGUGUGUCGGGCAAAUGGCAACCCUAAACCCAAUAUCCAGUGGCUUAUCAAUGGAAACCCUAUCGAAAGUUCUCCUUCCAGCCCAAACAGACAGGAGCUCGGUGACACCAUCAUCUUUCGCUCAGUGCAGAUUGGAAGCAGUGCUGUCUACCAGUGCAACGCCUCCAACCAGCACGGCUACCUGCUGGCUAAUGCCUUCGUCAGCGUUCUCGACAUGCCUCCAAGGAUGCUCGGACCCAAAAACCAGUUGAUUAAAGUCAUAGAGAACAACCGGACCUUCCUAGACUGCCCAUUCUUUGGUUCCCCUUUACCAGAGCUGCGCUGGUUUAAGAACGGGCAGGGCAGUGGACUGGAUGGUGGUCAGUACCGGGCUCAUAUCAACGGCACACUGGAGAUAAAACGUGCCCGAGCAGAGGACGAGGGCACCUACACUUGUGUGGCCAACAGCAUCUUGGGCACAGCUGAAAACCAGGUCCGCCUGGAGGUCAAAGAACCGACUCGUAUAGUUCGACUGCCCGAGCACCAAUCAGCUGUCAGGGGCUCUACAACUCGCUUUGACUGUAAGGUGAAGUCUGAUCCCAGCCUGACUGUCACUGUGGCCUGGAUGAAGGACGAUAAGCCUCUGUCUCUGGGAUGGAGGCUGAGGAAGGGUGAAGAGUCGCUGACCAUCUCCAAUGUCAAUGAGGGCGAUGAGGGAACGUACACAUGCACUGUUAAAUCUGAGAUAGACCAGGAUUCAGCCUCAGCCCGCCUCACUGUGUUAGAGGAAGCCUCCCUCAACCCCUCAGUCUCUAGUGCCUUGCCUCCAGACCGUCCAGACCCCCCGAUGGACCUGGAUCUGUCGGACCCGGCAGCCCGCAGCGUCCGCCUCACCUGGAUCCCUGGAAACGACCACAGGAGCGCCAUCACAGAGUUCCUGGUCCAGUUUGAAGAGGACCGCUGGGAACCAAAUAGGUGGCAGAACCUGUCCACUUACCCUGGAGAUCUCAACUCCGUCAUCCUGCAGCUCGCCCCGUUCGUCAACUACCAGUUCAGGGUCAUCGCCAUCAACUCAGUAGGUCAGAGUCAGCCGAGCCGGCCCUCACCUCGCUACAAGACCAGUGGAGCUGCCCCAGAUGCCAUUCCCAGAGGUCUGCGAGGAUGGGGGUCCAAAAAGGACAACAUGGAGAUCACCUGGGAGCCCCUCCUUGAUCUGGAGAGAAACGGUCCAAACCUGCACUACAGCAUUUGGUGGAGACGAAAGGAUUCGGGGGAGGAGUGGAGAAAUGUGACCACGGUGGGGUCCAAACAUGUUGUCCACAACACGGAAACCUACGUGCCUUAUGAGAUCAAACUUCAGGCGAGGAAUGAGUUUGGAUCGGGACCAGAAUCUAAUGUGAUCAUUGGAUACUCAGGAGAGGACAAGCCCACUGAUGCUCCCACUGACCUGCGAGUGUCAAAGGUUGACCGCACCAAAGCCCACGUCCACUGGAAGCCUGUGGAUCCAAGCAGUGUCCAGGGAGAGUUCAAGGAGUACAGAUUGUACUACUGGCGUGAGUCCAGUCAGGUUCCAGGUUUGAUUGUCAGUAAGGAGAAGAAGACCAAAGGUUUCUACAGCACCACCACUGAACCGUCUGGCAUCCUCAGUGACCUGGUGCCCUACUCCAAAUACAAGAUGUUCAUGGUGGUGGCCAACAAUCACUAUGAGGGUCCACCCAGCAACACAGUGGCGUUCAACACCAAGGAAGGAGUUCCAGAUGCUCCAAGGUCCUUCAGGAUUUACCGCAGGAGUUUGGACACCAUCUACCUGGAGUGGGAAAAACCUCUGGAGCCCAAUGGCAUUUUGAUUGGAUACCAGCUCAGGUACCAAACAGUCAACGGUUCCAGGUUGGGCCGCUCCCAUCUGGAGACGUUCCUUCCUAAUGUGACAGAUUUUACCCUCCGCCUGUCGGACCGAUCCACCCGCUACAAGUUCUUCCUGUCGGCGCUGACCCAGGUGGGAACGGGGGAGGUCUAUGCUGAGGAGUCGCCACACUUCACCAAUGAGGAAAACUUUACUGACGCUACAGUCGAGCUUACCGACGCCUCCGUGUCUUCUGCUUUCACUCCUACUCCUACUCCUCUUGCUCCUCUUCCUCCUACUACCAUCGCUCCUACAACCAUUAGUACCUCAACGACUACCUCUCCGACAACUACCACUUCUACUACUGCUUCCACUACUACUACUACUACUACUACUACUACCACCACUACUACGGAGGCGAGCACUACCAUCACACUCCCUGUGCUGGUCACCACCAAGCAAAACGAUCAGACUGUGUUGGUGGCCCCUGGGAUCUGGGAUCUGACGGUGAAGGCUAACAGUGGCUACACUAACGUCAGCUGGAAUCACAACUUCCCGGCCGGCAGCAGCGAGUUUGUGCUAGAGUUCACACUGGACAGUGACAAGACGGUGAAAAUUGUACAGGUGAAACAACAGCCCCCCAUUAAAGUGGCGGAUCUGAUCGCAGGCGCCGAAUACCACCUGAGGGUUUACUCCCAUGAGCUCAACAGCGUCAGCAGCAAAUCUGUCAGCUUUAAGACCAAACCAGCCUACAUAGACCACGUAGACAUCGCCACUCAGGGCUGGUUCAUUGGCUUGAUGUGUGCCAUCGCCCUCAUCAUCCUGAUCUUACUCAUCGUGUGCUUCAUCAAGAGGAGUCGAGGAGGCAAAUACCCAGGUGGUGGUUUCGUGACUGGUUUGGCCAUGGGUCUGGUGCGUGACAAAAAAGAUCUCCCCUUGGACCCAGUGGACCAGAAAGACCAGGAUGGAUCCUUUGAUUACCAGAAUGAAAACGAGAACAGAUCUCUUGAAAGCAGUGAUGAGGACAACAAGCCUCUGCAGGGCAGCCAGACUUCACUGGACGGCAACGUAAAGGAAAGCGAUGACAGCCUGGUGGACUAUGGCGAAGGCGGCGACGGCCAGUUUAAUGAGGAUGGCUCUUUUAUUGGCCAGUACACAGUGAAGAAGGACAAGGACGAGACGGAGGGCAACGAGAGCUCCGAGGCCACCUCGCCCGUCAACGCCAUCUACUCACUGGCAUAGCGGCACAGAUGUGCACAGAGGACCUCAGCAGCGCCCUCUGGUUUAAGGGCGUUCUGACCAACAACAGCACCACACACACACACACACACACACACACACACACACACACACACACACACACACACACACACACACCGUUAUAUCAAUACAUGAAACACAACAUACAGUGGAAAACACCUGGCAGGGCCUCUCUGGGACUGUUUGUUCUCCUCUGCAGAGGAAGUGGAGGAACACAGGAGUGGAAUUCGACCACAAGCCUUUAAUUAAUUUACGUUUCCAGCUCUAAGAAUAUGGCCCAUUGACGGUGAUGUUUGGACAAAGUGGACAGUGCUCAUUUUCUUCUGUGCUCUGCCUGCCCUUUACCCACACAGACUUGACGUGUGCCUUUGGGGCAGCUUUCAGCGUUUGGAGGCAUCAACAAGUUUAGAGAUUUUUCUUUUUGGUUCCUUUCUGCUCCAAACAUUGCCCAUGCCCCUGCUGUCCUUCUCGACACGUCCCUCAUGCUUCUGUGUGGCAUCCCAGUAGAACAAACACAGAAGUAUUAAACACACUCACUGGCCCCAUCCUGGAACAUAUCAGCUUCCUACCAUCAGUGUCAACAGGAUGCCGGCAGAUAUGUUUAUCAUAUUGAUAUUUACACACUGAAAGAUUUGAGUUUUUCCACUGCUGGUAGAUUAGUCAUUGAAUCUAAAUGAAUGCUGUAUACAGUCCUGGCACACAUUUUAGUGCCCUGCAAACUAUGCACUAUCACCUCCUCCAUAAUGUCAUGGGUUUAAUGUGGUUAGUAAAAGUACACAUUUUGGGUUUCUUUUUUAGCACCCGUCGCCUAAAUCACAUGCUUUUAUUCACUUUGCCUUGAACUAUGUGCUAGACAUGUAUUUCUUACCUCUAUUCAAACUUCAUAGUGCAGAUGUUCAAAAUGGGCUUCAUGAGAAAAAUAAUUUCCUGCACAAGCAGCGAGCUCUGUUACAUUACGCUGUUAAUGAGUCCCACGACUUAAAAGAUUCCACGAAAAUAUUGUUUUGGAGCAUGGUAGCAAAUUUAGUGCAAGAUGAGUUGGAAGGCAACAGAAAGGAAAGUUAGUGUCGCUUGAGAAACGCCAGUAGACCACAACCCAGUGAAUUCCCUAGUUAGCAUGCAGGCUAAUGCUGCAUUCAUGUCAAAUGGGAACGCUAAAAACGCUGAAGCUACGAGGCUUUGGUAAUUCUGUUAACUCUGAUUUUCAUUUGUCACAUGUGAAAGCGUAAACUGGUACUUUUGAAAGUAUAUUUUACGCCAAACCCAAAGUUGCAACGUCAAUCUAACACCGUGAUCACACAGUGGCUUAUUAUGACUGAAGGAGAAUAUCCUUGUACAACUUAGCUACCUGUAUUUUCUUGAUGGUGACACCAGAGUUCUGUAAGUUUGGGGUCCCCUUUAGUUUUGAGCUCCUGUAAGCUGAGAUGUUUAAUGUUGUCAGCUUGGAAGCUAAUCUAAAUGUUCUCUCCCGUGGGACAUGAAUGCAGCAGAAGAGGUGCUGAUCCUUAAGGUGUGUUCCCACUAAACUUUGCCUCGAGUUCUUUGCAUAAAUAUGAUCAUUGGAUUGUUCUUCCAGUCGUUAACUGCUACCAUAUGCUCCAAGCUCCAGUUGGUAUGAUCAUUUUCUUUGGAUUAGACUCUCAUGUUGGUCCCAGUGAAACAUGAAGUCAGUUCAUUUGUGUUUAGUCUGAACCCACCUUAACAGAUGGAUCUACACCUUAUUGCUUCCUUCUAAUUUUUAUAAACUCAAUUUGUUGAUCAUUACACAUGAGAAAAGAUGUUGGUAAACUACUUCAAUUAAAAGAUAACAUUUACAGCAUGAACGUAUAUACACUGAAUUUUCAGCCACCUGUGAAAUGAAAUGUAUCAGCUUCAUUUUUAGUUUUUGCAGAGGAAGAGAGAAAAAUAAGACCUUUGAAAAAGGAUGUGCACUCAGUAUUUCACUUGUUGUCAUUCUGGUAGCAGGCUAACAGUCGAUGAUUUGUUUUUGUUCCUUUAUUUUCGUCUAAAUGUUGCUGAGUGCUCAUUGGCUUCAUGGCAUCGUUUCAGCACUCAUACUGUAGUUCUCGUACCUGCUACUCAACAGCACUAUUAACCCUCCAACGCUAAAUCAAAUAGAUCUUAACUACGGUUAGGUCCACAUUGUAUUUCAAAUAUUUAUUUUAUAUUUCUAUUUAUUACAUGAUGUGGAUAGUAUUAAUAUAUUAGUGGUUCAUUUGAUAAUUGUUCUAUAAACAUUUUGACCACCUUAUUUUGUUGUUAUGUACCAGAAAUAGCCAAACUAAAGACGUCUCCAGAAUCUCUUCUUGUUCAUCAUGGGAGGCUCCAAACUCAACAGUAUGUUAAAGAUAUUUUUGUAGCAGCUGGCUUUUCUGCUGUCAACAAAACAACACAAAUGUCCUCCAUGUGUUCGUCCAUGAACAGGAUCAUGUUUCUCUGUGCUGCUCUUCUCGUACUCAUGUUGUAUUACUGUGACUGUGUUGUUUUUCAGAUUUAUGUAACAUAAUCCUUCCACCGCACAGAAAAUUAAUAUUAUUGCUUCUUACUUAUUUGGCAUAUAUUCUGUACAUGUUGGUCCUGAAAGAAAAUUUCUCUUCUUUGUAAAUAUUUAAAACUUGUUCCCACCCUCCCAAAAAAUGCUUUAUCGGAAAAGACAAAACAAAGAGUCACAAAUCUGUAUCCACCAGGCAAAUACAGCGGUGCAUCUUUAGUCUGGCAUGCACCUUUGUAAUGUAGCUUUGACUAACGUUUGCACUCUGAAAUAAUAACAAGAAUCAUUCUUCUCUGUGUUGCCCUUUGCUUUUUCUUUGUGAUAUACGGUCCUGGCUGUAGCGAGGCUCAGCCAGUCGUUUGAUGAUGGUUUGGAUUCUAUAUUGUUAAAGAGGAAUAUGUUAGAUUCUCUAUGAUGUAAAUAAGAAGUGCUCCUGCAGUAUCCUGUCUGUAGCACUAGUCACACACAAACUGCUAAUAGGCCUAGAAACAAAGUCUCCUCCUUUACGCUGUUUUUGUCAUCUUUCUGAGACUGCGGACACGCUCUCCCACAAUGCCUUUCAUGCCAGUUCCUACCAUGGCUGCCGUUACACAGCCGUGUCCCACUUACUGAAAGCUGAACCUGCUCUUUCUCUACGUCCUGCUGCCCUUUCUUUGUGCCAUUAUGAUCCUUAAUGCUACCUUCAGGUGCUCUUUGGCAACUUGUAAAAUGCAUAUUUCAGACAUUAUCAGUGGGAGGUUAUUGCAGAACUCUAUUUCCACUUCGUUAGUAGUCCGUUACAUGGGCGUCUGCUCUGUCCUCACAUACCAACAUGUUGUCCUCUGAAGGGACCAACUGGAUUGGUGCCUCAGAGUACGUCUGCUCUGAGUCUACCUUGUGGUUGAUGUUAAUUAUUCAUUUUGUCUGUACCGUGUGCAUGCCACAUUUGGCUGCAUGGAUACAUAUUGUACAUGAAAUUUGCAGUGUCAUCUCCUGAACAAGACCCAGAUUAACUCCAGAAGCUUUUACCCACAACAGUUUGACAGCUGGUAAACUAAAGCAGAACAAUGACUGCAUCACAUCAGUGGAAGAGGGCUGGAAGGCCUUAACACCAGCGGCUAACAUGAUUACUUUGACACCUGUUCAACAGCUGACAGGUUCAAAUAUACAGACCAAUAUUCCUACAGUAUCGUAUCUGUGAUGCUCCUGUGACAUUUUCAGAUCUCAUUAAUUCCUUCCUGCAGUGGGGUUGCACUGACCAGCUGUAUCUGAUACGAUUACAAGUUGACAAGGAUCACCUUGAUGCACAUUCGCACAUCUGGUGCACACUCAGUGCAGAAAUGUAUGCAAAGAAAGGCUUCCUUCUUUGCUUACUGUGAGGAGACUUUGAUUAAGGACAAACCUUGUGGAUCCAUUAUGAAAACGUUGUUGUCAGGAACUGAAAUGAGGUCAUCUCUAAACUUAAACAUAGUGUCAGUCACCGCCUCCAACACAAACAGGUAUCUGAUUUGCUGGAAACACCUCUCAGUCCCUUAUAGCCUCCUAAACAUAGUCUCCUUGUCAUUCCGCAGAAGCUCAAAGCAAUAUCCUCUGAACUUUAAUCAGCUGAGUGGUGUCUCUAGUCACCCAGCUCUUCUAACCACGGUGUGACCACAGCAGAGACACGUUGACGAGCAGGAGACUGAAAAAGCAUCAAACAGGAAGCAGAGAUCAAACAUUAGGCUGGGAUGGAGGUCUGAACUUUCUUACACGACUUGAUAAAAGUUUUUCUCUUCAAAAUAUGAUCUGAAAAUGUGCGCCCCUCUACUCACAUGGCCUUUCUCUUUGCUCCGAGCUACAUAACAAAGAAGAGAGAAAUGUGCAUAUUUGCUGAUACACAGUGCUUUUUGAAUUGCCCCUUUGUUUGAGGGGUGCACAGAGCUGAUUGUCUCUUUUUACUGUCCAUGUCAUCUCAGCUCACUGUUCAUUUGGGAAAAGGUAAAUAUCAACAUGCAGUUUUACAGUUUUGUGUUUUCUGUCAUUUCAAAAUGCUGCAGUCAACUAUUUUACUGGUGCACAUUUGCAACUAGAUUUUUUUUAAUGACUGAUUACAUUCUGUUUUUUAUGAAUUGUCAUAUUAGCAUCAUCUUGUUUUACUGUGUGUAUCAGAGCAGCUUGUCAGAGUCUUGCUUCAACACGCAAAAUAACAGCUUUUGUAAGGUUCAUCUAUUCAACAGAAAAUGGCAUAAAUAUAUUCACCAUGUAUGCGUGUAUGAUGAGAUGUUGCAACUUCUGCUAGUGACGCCUUCUUUAUAGUAAAGCUAUCUCCUUUUCUCUA